AUGGCAUCACCAGCUUCUGCAUCUUUCUACACUCUCGAGUCUCAACGGCAGGACCAAGGCCCCUUCCAUGUCGACGAAAGGGGGCCCAUAGAAAGUCAUAUUGUCCCUCACAACCUCUUUGACGAUCCCGACGAGCCCAAUUAUCCGAUAACGCAAAUCGAUGGCGCAGACCCCACGACAUUGUCUCUGGGAGCUUCAGGCGUAGCAGUACCUGGCACCAAAGUUGCACAAGAUCACACAUCCUCCAGAUCAGGUUCAGUCAUCCUCGAGAAGCAGCCUGUACCCGAGAUAAAAAUGCCUGACAAAAAAUACACCCGCUUCUUGCGUAACCUACGGUGGACUAUUUUCUCCGUGUACCGCCGCCUCAACGCCCUCGCUUUGACUGCAAAUAUCAUAGCCAUCAUUGUGCUGGCUACACAACAUCAGCUGCUCACCAUGUCACCAGAGUGGGCUGCGACCGCGGUAUCUAUCAAUCUGACCGUGGGUGUCCUGAUCCGACAAGAAUUGGUCAUCAAUGCACUCUUCUGGACCUUUGGCCAAUGUCCCCGUUGGUUCCCACUGCGAUUUCGACGGUUAGCCGCAAAGAUCUAUCAUCUAGGGGGCCUACAUAGCGGUGCAGGCGUGUCUGCAGCCGUGUGGUUCGCCUUUUUCAAUGUGUCGACUGUCAGAGCAUUGCAAACUGGAGCAUUGCGGCGGCAUCAGAACAGCAUCCCCAUCAUCACCGUCGUCCUUGACGUCCUCUUGAUCUCCAUCAUCACCAUGGCUCAUCCUGGCAUACGCGCGAGAAUGCAUAAUCAGUUUGAGCUAGUCCAUCGUUUUGCCGGCUGGACUGCUGUAGGGCUGUUUUGGGCUGAAUUCGGGCUCUUGACAGACGCAAGGGUUCAUGAUGCCUCCUUCAAUGUCCCAGCCCAACAACUAGUCCUCGAAAGCCCCGUCUUUUGGACACUUCUGAUUGCCACCAUUUCCAUUGCAUUGCCAUGGGUGUGGCUCCGGAAGGUCUCGGUGAAUGCAGAGCCAUUGUCCGAUCAUGCGAUACGUCUCCACUUUACAUAUACAAACUUGCCUCUCUGUGCGGCUCCUCGACUGUCAGAUAGUCCGCUCCUUGAAUGGCAUGCAUUUGCGGGCAUACCAGAAGAAGACGGACGCGGCUUCUCGGUCCUUGUAUCCAAGGCUGGAGAUUGGACAUCUCGGCUGAUCAGAUCACCGCCCACGAAAUUAUGGGUUCGUGGCAUUCCCACAAUGGGGGUGCUCCAUGUGGCGCCAAUCUUCAGGAAGAUGGUUCUCGUCGCCACUGGCUCGGGAAUUGGUCCCAUCAUGUCACUGUUACAUAAGAGGGAUGUCUCAUGCCGCAUACUCUGGUCUACCCCUGAUCCCGAAGUCACGUACUCGAAGCGCGUCAUCGAGGUUGUUCGUCGGGCUGAUCCAGAAGCCAUCAUCAUCAACACCACUGUCUCUGGCAGACCCAACCUUGUCAAACAGACCUACGAGCUGUUUGUUUUGUCCGGUGCGGAGGCAGUCUUUGUCAUUUCCAACCCCAAGGUUACCAGAAGGGUGGUUUACGGCUUGGAGAGUCGGGGAGUCCCGAUUUUCGCUCCCAUCUUCGACUCAUAAAGGACCCACGGGGACUACACCUCGCUGUUGGGUCCAGACAAGAGCUGGGAGUCUUGCAUAUAUGGGAGAUGUCGUGUUUCGGGAUCAUGUCGAGUUCUUGUUUGGCGUCUCAGAGGGUAGCGGUGUCAUUUGCAGGAGCGCUCGCCUGUCACGGGUCGCCACCUCGCAGUCGAUUGC